AAAUUACCAAAACCUGAUGAACAAGGAAGACCAGAUUGUUGUAGUCCAGUGUAUCGGUGACGAGAAGGGGAUGAAGAAGGAGAAAACAAGGAAGAGGAAGAGGAGUGGGAAGAAGAAGAGGAAGGAGAAAGCAGAAAAAACCCAACACAAAAAGAAGAUACACAAGAAGAAGCACAAGAAAUCUAAACGACUCCAAGCCCACACAAGCAAGAAGAAGGAGGAGGCGCAGAAUGAUGAGAAGAGAACGGAGAGAACCAAGAAGAGAGUCAGGAAGGAACAGAAGAAGGAUGAAGAGGAGGUAGAGGUGGUAGCUGAGGUUGUCAGUGAGGUGGAUAGUAAGGUGGUGAGUGAAGAAGUGAAUGCGGAUGGUGCUGUGGUUGAAGAGGUGGUUGAGGAGGGGGUGGAGAAGAGGGAUGAUAGUGAAGGGGAGAAGAGAGAGAAGGUGAAAGAACCGAUACCUAGUGUAGAAGAGGAACCUGCUUUGGAUUUAGAUGAUGAAGUACCUCGAAAGUUUGAGAAAUUUGUUCCUAUCUUUAAAACAGAGAAAAAGAGACAUCUACCAAAAAUAGUGAUAGAUCUUGACCAAGAAGAACCAAUCAAUUCCGAACCAGCUCAAAACCCCAUAUCUCCCUCACCCAUCCACUUCUCCCCUCAAAGCCCUUCUCCAAGCCCCUGUCUUCCUCUAAACCCUCCAAUUCCAGCCUCUCCAAGCCCCAAAACCCCCACCAGCCCACUCCCAAACCUCAACCUCGAUCUGGAUGACAUCUCAGAUGACGAAUUCUCCACCCCCAAUCUAACCCUCCACCUCACAAUCUCAGUCAUCCUCACCAUCAUCAUCUGCACAUUCAUCGCUGGCCACUAAUCUUCCCUAGUUUUCCCACUCAGAAUAAAGUUUUCAAUAUCUUA